AUGAGUUUAAAUAAAGAUUUCCAGUAUCUCCCUCUCACGGCUCCGACGCAAACCCGAGUCAUCUUACUUACCCCAGGAAAGAGCAAUGAUCCCAUCCGCUGCUUCCAGCUGGUCAUUAAUCUGGACCACGAUUGGAAAGUAUCUGAUGGACCUUGCCAUCUUCUGCCUGGUUCAGGUGGAGAACCAACCUUGACACAGAGAUCACGUCUGCAACAAGAGAGGUGCAACUCAGACCUCGAAAUUCCGGGUCUUUUGAUGAAAUCAGCUAGUCGCACUAUUUUGCAUCUUUUCCAAGGAUACACAGCGCUAUCCUAUGUAUGGGGCGACCAGAAAAACCCGCAUGAGAUCUUUAUUGACGGCAAACCUUUUCAUGUCGGAGAAAACCUUUAUACUGCUCUACUACGGUUACGACAACGAAUCAGUAUUUUAAGGACUGGCGCUACUACUCCAGAAGACUUUGAUGACGAGGCUCUGGAUGUGAUAAAGCAACAUCUGCUUUCAGAACGUCGCUUUCUUUGGGUUGAUGCAAUCUGCAUCAACCAGAAUGAUGUCGCUGAGCGAGAGGCUCAGGUAAAGCUCAUGGCUCGCAUCUAUCAAAAGGCGGAUCAUGUACAUGGAGACCUUGGACGGAAAGAAGCGACUGGAGGCAUUGAGCUGCUACAUCUCAUGCAAAAGAUAAUCAGAGCGGGUGACCGUUGCCAAUUCCAGCUCUCUCCCUCGAAAGAAACUUGUCAGGAAGAGGGGCAAACAAACUCUGACGCCAAAACCAACAUUAUGUCCGCCUUGGAGUCAGAAUUUGGAAAUUUCCAAGCGGGGAAGACGGGAAAUAUUCGCGAAGUCAGGUUGCCAAGUCCGUCAACCAAAGUCCUCGAGGAUCAUGGCAUUCCUAGAGAAGAUGACGAGGUAUGGAAACAUUGGCGGCAAUUCCUCAACUCGAUAUAUUUUCAGCGCCUUUGGAUCGUCCAAGAGGCCUCACUGGCAACCUCGAUCACUCUAUGGUAUUCGAAUGUCGGCAUCGAGAUUGAAAUGGUUGGCCAAUGUCUACGAUACUUGAGAAAGUAUAGCACUAACGCAGCUCUGUACUCUGUGCCAAAAGAUGAAUUUAGUUCGUCUAUAAGCACACCACCCGCUAUUUGGGCAGUAAUCGGGCUAAUCAACCAGCGAAACCAAAUACGUGGGGCAGACGGCCAUCUGACCAAACAAGUUCCUCUGGUUCACAUGUUGAAUCUUGCCCGUCGCAAACAGGCAACUAAUCUGCGUGACAAAAUCUUCGGACUUCUUGGCAUGGCAUCCGAUGGUUCAGAUUUCCUUCAUCUUGUGACAUAUUCACGAAGUGUAGAAGACGUUUACCAGGAUUUUGCCAAAUUCUUCAUUGAACGAGGUCAGGGAAUAUCAAUGCUCUAUCAAGUUGAUAGCAGAGUUUCAAAAACCUUGAAUAUUCCUUCCUGGGUACCUGAUUGGUCGCGUGAUACAGACGAUUCAUCUCUGCAGGACGAAUUACCUGCUCUAUCUAGCGGUCUUGAUGAGAAAAAGGCGCUUGAGAUACGGUUGUCUGGUUCGGAACUGGUAAUCACGGGCCACAUACUUGACACCAUUAAGUGCCUAAGCACACCGAUGUCUAGCAACCUUACAUGGGGAACAUUCUCUGAAAUAGCUACCCUCCUAUGGGAGGGCGGCAACCUCUUGAUGAAGCAGAACGUCGAAGGGGAGCAGGCAGUGGAAAUCAUGCUCCAUACCCUCAGCUGUGGCUCCCUAAGUGCCAAGCCAGCCGCCGAAGUAGAAAGCCUCCGCCAAGGCUUUACUGCAGUAUUUGGGCAUGGGACGUUCCUUAUAAAUGGAGGGAACCCUGAUGAAUCGCCGUGGCUACCGCAUAUGCGCCAUUUCUUGGUUCAUGGUAUGGCACUUGCGCCUGGGCGCCGAUGGUGCAUUACAGCCCGAGGGAAGUUUGGCCUUGUCCCAGGAGGUACCAAGACCGGUGAUCGCGUUGCAAUCUUCGGUAGCUACUCAUUGCCUUUUAUUCUUCGAAACCAUUCAACUGAAGACAAUACCGAUCUUCUGCAGAUAUCAGUACUGCGUUUACUUUAG